AUGGCUAAGCGUACGAAAAAGGUUGGAAUCACUGGUAAAUAUGGCACACGUUACGGUGCUUCACUUCGUAAAAUGGUCAAAAAGAUGGAAGUGACACAACACGCCAAGUACACUUGCUCUUUUUGCGGAAAGGAUGCCAUGAAACGCAGCUGCGUCGGUAUCUGGUCAUGCAAGCGUUGUAAGAGGACCGUCGCUGGCGGUGCCUGGGUUUUCUCAACCACAGCCGCCUCCUCCUGCCGUUCAGCAGUCAGAAGGUUGCGUGAAGUUAAAUGA